CCACACACGUAACCUUUGGUAUUUUGUUAUCAAGUGUGCUCUAAAUUAUUGGUACCUUAUCUUACCGGCGAUUUUUUCCGACCCUUUACCCGUCACGGCUUCACACUGCCGCCACCGUUGACCACCACCACCAUCUCCGCCACAAACAACCGUCAUCCCCUCUGAGCAAUCGCUCUCGCCUGAAGAGUUUCUGCACGCAUCCAAAUUACCAAGAAUUUCUGAAAGGACCCGUUGCGAUUCGACAUCGUGUUCAGGAAUUUUCCACGCUUCCAAUUUUUUUCAGGGAAUCGGAUCGAAAAUUGAGUUGACCCGGAUAUGGCGGUGCUGUUAGAGGACAUUGUGAAGUCCGUGGAGCAGCUGUUGAAGCUGAUCGGCAAGAAAAGCGAGGAACAAUCGUUCGUCGACCCCACGCUCGACCCCGUCCUCCUCGUGCCGGGCAUCGCCGGUUCGAUUCUGAAUGCGGUCAACGAUAAAACCGGUAAGACUGAGAGGGUUUGGGUCCGUAUCCUUGCGGCCGAUCACGAGUUCCGGGACAAGCUCUGGUCUCGCUUCGAUCCUGCCACAGGUAAAACUGUGACCUUAGAUGAUGACACACAUAUUGAGGUUCCUCAAGACAGAUAUGGUCUGUAUGCAAUUGAUAUGUUGGACCCUGACAUGGUGAUUGGUGGUGAUUGUGUAUAUUAUUUUCACGACAUGAUAGCUGAAUUAAUCAGCUGGGGCUAUAAAGAGGGAACAACACUUUUUGGGUUCGGAUAUGAUUUCCGCCAAAGCAACCGCUCCCUUUCGAGGUACGUGACUUUGAAUUAUUACAUUUCUGCAUUAAUAUCAGCUGCUUUGCUACUUGAAUGCCCGUCAAUAUAUGAAUUGAUGGCAUGUUUAGAUUUUAAAUGGGAACAUGUUCCACUUCUUGAAAUAUGGAGGCAAAGACACAAUAGUGAUGACAGUCCCACCGUGAUGUUGGAGUCUUACUCGCCUGCAGAAGCUAUACCGAUCUUUAUGGAAGCACUUUCGAUCAACAAGAUCAAGUUUGAUGGUUCAGAUAUAUCAGUUCCAUUCAACGUGGAGAUUCUAAAAUGGGCUAACGAGACUCGCAAGUUGUUGAGCUCUGCAGAGGUUCCCGGUCAAAUUAAAUUCUAUAACAUUUACGGCACAAACUAUGAGACACCUCAUACUGUUUGUUAUGGAAGUGAAAAUGCCCCAGUCUCGGAUUUGCGUGAAUUGCCCACUCUUCUGGCCAAGUACAUAAAUGUCGAUGGUGAUGGCACUGUUCCAGUGGAAUCUGCCAAAGCAGAUGGGCUUCGUGCAGAGGCUCGGGUGGGAGUCCCGGGAGACCACAGGGGCAUCCUAUGCGACCUACACGUUUUCAGAAUUCUGAAGCAUUGGCUGAAAGCCGAUCACGAUCCUUUCUACAACCCUUUGAAUGAUUAUGUCAUUCUACCGACUGCCUUUGACUUGGAGGCCUUCAAGACAAAUGACGGUUUGCAAGUUACGAAAAUUAAGGAGGAAUGGGAAAUUAUUGGGGACGUUGACCCGGAAAACGAAAAGCAGCCUCUUGUGGGUACCAUUGAUGUGGCUCGUGUGGGUGGGUCGGUGCAGGAAGAGGCUCAUGCUACUCUCGUUAUUGACGAACCAGAAAAAGAUGGUAAAAAGCACGUCGAGCUUAGUGCAGUUUCCAUCUCGGCAAGCGCUGGCCCGUUAUCUGUACGAGCCUUCAACUUCAUCAAAGCUUCAAAUCAAACGCCCAGGAUUUCACUUUCGCCUUUCGCUCGUCGCCCGCUUUUACUCCGCAGAGUUUUGUCAUCUGUAAGUGCUACAAGUGAUGAAGAGGCUUCUGCUAAAGCUGCUGCAGUCAAUGCCGAUGGCGGGGCACCAACAAUAUUUGACAAGAUUAUCUCAAAGGAAAUUCCUUCGACUAUUGUGUACGAGGAUGAAGAUGUUCUGGCUUUUCGAGAUAUUAAUGCACAGGCUCCAGUUCAUGUUCUUGUCAUUCCAAAGCUACGAGACGGUUUAACCCAGCUUGGCAAGGCUGAAAAGAAACAUGAAGAAAUACUGGGUCACCUUCUUUAUGCUGCUAAAAUAGUUGCAGAGAAAGAAGGCAUUGUUGAUGGUUUUCGUGUUGUCAUUAACAGUGGCCCUUCUGCUUGUCAAUCUGUUUACCAUCUUCACUUACAUGUACUUGGAGGGAGGCAGAUGAAAUGGCCUCCAGGUUAAGAUACAGCUUAAAAAAACGAAGAUUUUUCAUUUCUUCGGGUCCUCAUUGCAGAUUUUCUGGAAGUCAUUUACUCAUAGGACUUGUUUUUUUGUAACAAAUUUCACUCUUUGGAGAUGAUGUCUGAUCAUACUUACAAGUUAAUAAAUUUGCAGAAAAAUUUCCAGUCUUCUCAUAAUUGUAGAAUUUUCAGCAUCUAGUUACUCUAUUCUAAAUAGG